AGCAUUUGUUGUUGUCGCCCCAUUCGUAAACAACACGAUCGGAGGAAAACCUUCGCACAGCGCGGGAAACCAUCGCAUUCACAUCCGAUUUUUGUUCCUCCGAGUGGGUAAUUAUCGUCCCAUCCACCCAACAUGCCGAAGCGAAAUGUUGCAUUCAUCAAGCCGGACGAGCCCGAUUUUCUUAAACGAAUGAAGGCACAAAUCGGCUACCGGGAAGGUCCAUCGAUCGACGAUAAGCGUGAAGCGAUUGAAAACUUUGAUUCGGACUCGGACGACGAGGAAAAUGAAGACGAAAAGCCGCAAGUGGUUGUGGUAAAGGAGGGCGAUCUUACGGAAGCGGAAGCUGCACAAGCUUUCAAGGAGGAGAGUGAAAAACCUGCUGAUUUGAACCAAAAAAUUGUGUUCAAAGCGAGAAAAGCCAAAUCGGACAAGCCGGAGGAAAAGCCAAAACCGAAGCCGGAAGAAAAGAAGGCGAAAAAGGCAAAACAAAAGCAGGAAAAGAGCAAACUUUCCUUCAACGACGAGGAAGACGAGGAAGAAUACUAGGGAAGGAAUAAGACUUUAAGAAUAGAUUUGUACAAAACUGAAGUGACGAAUUAUUCUCAAUUCCGUUCAGCUCACUAUUAUGAGCUAUUGCGGCAUAUAUUUUUAAGAAUAAAGGCUUUAUUUUUAACAAACAAA